CGCCGCCCCGAGGGCCCCGCCCUCCCCGCCGCGGCCCCUCCUCCUGCGGGCCGGUAGCUGUAGAGCCGCGAGGGCUGAGUCCGAGGAGCAGGCGUGGGGCCAUGGCGCCGCUGAGGGACUGCAAGGCCUGGCAGGAUGCUGGACUUGGCCUGUCCACUGCUAGCAACGAAGCCUGUAAACUCUUUGAUGCAGUGCUCACCCAGUAUGCAACCUGGGCCAAUGAUGAGGGUCUCGGGGGUAUUGAGGGAUCUCUCUCCAAGCUAAAAGCAGCAGAUCCAAAUUUUACAAUGGGACAUGUCAUCGCUAAUGGUUUGGAGUUGAUUGGUACUGGAAGUUCAGUGCGGCUCAACAAAGAGCUGGACAGUGCGAUGAGAACAAUGAUGACACUGUCAAAAUCCCAGCCUCUGAGUGAGCGGGAGAAGCUUCAUGUAUCAGCGCUGGACAUGUUUGCCCAUGGGUAAGUGUCUAGCCCUUUG